GUGCUUCUCACUUUUGUCCGCUAGAUGGCAGCAAUGCACUCACUGCCAAUGAACUAACUCCACGACACCUUCUGUUGCUUUACGUCACUUUUUGCGACAGUCGCAAAGCCAGUGGCUUGCUUCCGGAGAAAGGUUAAAUCGACGACUACAAAAGACGCAUCGUCGGCACCAUGCCCUUUAUGGACCUGCAGUCGUGGCUGGGCAUCGACAUAGACCGCUGGCUGCUGCUGCGGAGUGCUGAGCAGCCGUACAAGCGGGCGGUACGCUGCCACGCGUUCGAGAAGGAGUGGAUCGAAUGCGCCCACGGCAUCGGGCAGACACGCGCCAAGAAGGAGUGCCAGCUGGAGCUUGAGGACUUCUACGAGUGUCUGCACCACAAGAAGAUCCAUCAGCGUCUGUACGCCAUCCGCCAGCAGCGUGACAAGAUGGUGAAGGAGGGCACGUACACGCCGCCCCCCUGCCACACGGGCCAGGCAGACCAAGCCUAAUUGGAAACAUCUUAAAUUGUCCCUUCUUCUUCCUCCAUGUGCUCAUUUACAUAAUAAAAGUCAUCACCUCUA